CCGGCAGACGACGCGUAUCAAAGUGUACGGUAACCGUUCAUCCGUGUGUUGCUAUUCCGUGUGAUAAUCAAGUGGUCACCAUCUUGCUCUUUUAACACCGCACAAGAAGCACGCAUUAAAGCGACCUGCAGGUUUUGGUGCACGAGGCGCUCGGUUAACUUCGCUUGUUUUGUGGUGAAAAGCUAAUAAAAGCGUGCAUUGCAACCAUUGCAAACUACGUGUGAAGUGUAUUACAGCUAGAAGCAUCCGCGAGAAAAGGCGUCUGUUACGUUCAACGCCCGGACAAAGGCAGGAAAUAUCCAACACCGGGAAACACAUCUCAUCCAUCACCAUGUCCAGCAGUAUUCAGAUUACAGCCGAUGACAAACCGGCAACCGGCUUGAUCACGCCUACCAAGACGCCGGUACCACCGGUGUCCAGCAUUCCCUCCAGCCCGUCGCAUCUGCAGCUGCCAUCGCCGAUUAUUACGCGCCGCACCAGAACUGCCUCGACAUCCGAUCGUGCGAUGCGUAACCCGAUCGAGGAGGGUAAGGUAAAGUCGUUCAGCAGAAGCAAAGGCCACGGUUUCAUCACUCCAACUGCCGGCGGUGACGACAUCUUUGUGCACAUUUCCGACAUCGAGGGCGAGUACGUACCACUGCCCGGUGACGAGGUCAGCUAUCGGCUCUGUUCGAUCCCGCCAAAGUACGAGAAGGUGCAGGCAAUCCACGUGCAGAUAACGCACCUGACGACGGAAAAGCAUUCGCGCUGGGAAACGUGCAUGAGCCACGACGAUGGUCACCGGCUGCAUUAGGGUCGGUGGAACGAGCCGGCGCCGGAUCAGCUUCACCAGCAACAGCAGUAUGCCGCGAAAGGGAAGCAAGAUUCACGCCGGUGGCCCGAUAUAUCGUUCGAUUUUGCGUAGGAAGGUUGCAUGUAAGCGGUGGAGAGAGAGCGGAUAGUAUAGAAACGAGAUAUCGAGGUCAAAGCGGCACUUUCCAUAUACACAUGUCAUAAUAUGUUCAGUAUUUUUUUUUGUUUGUUUAUUAGAUAGGGUUGAGAUAGACGCUUGUUCUGGUUAGUUUCAGCGUAGUGGUGCUCCGUUGAUGCACAAACACAAAUAAUCGAUUCGGAUUGCUAUUGCUUGAUCGGUUCCGCAAAAAAAAACCAACCACAACAGUUUAACGGUAGACCGUCAUAUGCGCAGAACGAAGCGUGCGGAAACUGUUGGCCGUUAUGGGGUUGCACCAUCUUAAAGUAGAUUUCAGCAGAUUGUUUACGAUUAGUCUGUGUGAGGGUAGGAUCGAAACGGAUAGGAGGAGCUGGGACACAUCUUCUAAAUGGUUCAUGUUCGUGGGGCACGGUGUUGCCGUGAUGGGAUGGGAACUCUGGGAACUGCUCUGGACGCGCGCGCGCGCGCAAACAGGAAGGUUUUAAUUAAUAUGUGUAAACGUUGGCCCGCAAAUGACGGCACAGGACACUAAGCAAGCGACGGUAAAAGGUGCACGGAGCAGAGAACGUGGCAAAAGCAACAAAGUCAAGAGGGAUUAGCCGCAAGGAUAAAUCGUUGCAGCAGCUGUCCGUGUGGAACAGAAAAAAAGCAUCACAGCCAACCCCGAUGCUGGUGCGCUCUAUUUUGUCCACCCGCAACCAUACACCCAUCCACGGAAUCGGAUCGGAAGGACAAUGAAUCGCCAGCCGGGCGGACUGAUGCCCUGGGAGGGGAAAAACUUUACGCUGAAACACACGGGACGUGCACAAUAUACUGCUCAAUGGUAGAGCGAUUCCUCGCUCUUCUUAUCGCUAAUUGCUAUCGUUGUUUUGUUUUUUUUUUACUUCUUUCCACACAUUGUGUUGAUUCGUUAUGUGCUGUAAAGAGAAGCAGGAUGAGAGAGGAAGCAAAAAAAAUGAAACGCCAGAAUGCUAUAAUUCAGGUCGGAUGCUAUAUGUCAGGUAGGAAGAAAAACCGUCACGAUUAGAGAAAUAAGCUCUUGCCUGUGUGUCGGUGCUUUGGAGCAAAGGUGAAAACUGAUCGGGAAGGAGAGGAAAAUGGAAAAAGAAACCGUUCAUUUGUUCGCUGUUUGGUGUUGAAGCCUAGAGAGGGAAAAAAAUCGUUAAAAAGAAGCUAAAGAUAUCCGAAUCCAUUGUACAACGAAAAUUAGAGCGGAAGCAACGCGACGAGACAUAAGAAAGGCGUACACACUCACAGUGAUGAUGAUAAUUGACAUUAAUUCAAUCGCAAUCAAGCUUUAUCGUCGUUCGUUUCGGGUGACAAAACCUUCUGAUUGUGCAAAAUCUGCAAUAGUAAAACGGAACGUUUUAUUGUUUGAUGAAAACUGUUUUUGCAUACAAAACACAAGAGCAACAUAAAGAAAGGGUCAGAACCAUUAAACACACUGGAUAAGGUGUUGGAAAACAUUCAAAUUCAUUCGGCUUAUGGAACGAUGCAGGUCACACGCACUACUUAUCGCACUACAGUAACAACCAUCCAGCAACACAAAAUGCAAGCACCACAUACAUUUUGUAAGAAUUUAGAGCGAGCGCGCACGCAACACGUUUAAGAGAAAAUAAUGCUAGACGACUGUAGACGAUUGAUCGAAUUAUGAAACGAAGCAGAACCGCACAUAUUAUGCUAAAAAAGGGGAAAAAAUGAUAGGGAAGUUUGCAUGAGAAUUUACGGUGUGCCUAUUUGUACAUCUUUUUUGGAGUAAUUUUUCGUCCGAUGGAAAGGAAAAGAGCGCGGUUGGAAAUUAGUGAGUGUGUGGCUUUACAUACAAUGCGCCUAAAUGUAGGCAAAAGGUUUAGCAAACUACAGCAUACGUUAUCCUUUUCCAGUACACGUCCUCACGUUCACUAGCGUGGCCAAAUCAGUGUGUAUGAAUGGUAAUGAGUUAUGCAAAAAGCUCUAAAGCAGGCUAAGGCGCAAAGCAAGGCAUAAUUGUUGACCAAGUAAACAUUGUCCACGAUCCAUCCAACAAAACCGUGCAUGUAACGAUACGCUCGUCACAGAACAAUAGGGUAGUUUGAACGCAAUUGGAAAACAAUCCCACGAAGGAUGAAUAUUUAAAACGCAUAAAUAACAGCCAGGUGUAUCCUUCUCCGAAACAGGAAGGGUAGCGAGCUUUAUAUUAAAUAACCAAAUGGCGCAACUCGCAGAGAGAUGGAGAGAGGUAGUGUGGGGGUGUGUGUGUUUAAAGUGUACCACAAACAAUGUCCACAAAGCUCACGUAUAAUCGACCUCGUAACAGUACGGGCUUGCCCUAAUCUUUCGCUGUUUUACCCAUUUUCGGUUAAAUAAUCGGAUUAUCCACGGAUGAUCGGUAAUGCAAAGGCGGUUCGCUCCGUAUCCGGAUAAUGUGCACCCACAGCGGGGAAAGGGUCAGCAAAGGUGAAAGUAUGGAAGAAGAUGAAAACAAAAACACACACACACACACUAAUCUUACUCCAUAUCCAAGGUGGGGGAAAAGCACAAAAGUUAAAAAUUUCUACUUACCUCAUCGAAGAAGAAACGGAACGGAGAUUGGCGAGUGGGAUUAGGAUAUGAAAAAUUUCGCUAUUAAGCUCGUGUCAAGAGUAGCACGCAACAACAGUGAUUGCGCAAUGAAAGUAAAUACUUAUAUAUAUAUACACAUACAUAUUAUAUACAUAUACAUCCUGAUAAGAAGUAAACUGCCGUAAAGCGCCUCACACCUAAUGUUUCCCUCAGUACACCAAUAUAUCCGUAGUACCGUUUUCUAGUGAAAACAUUAAGCAUACACGAUCACGUUGUUGGCACUGUAUCUGUACCAUCCCCCUGUUAGGAACUCUGCGGGGUUAAUGUAAACCUCCCGCAGAAAACCCCUUUGCGCAUACGAUGUGGACCAAAUGUGGACAAAAAAAAAAGCAACAAACCAGAGCAUAGAACGAAGCAUUUGGUGGAAUUCCCCCAAAAUUUACUUUCUCGCCUUGUUUUGUUAGACCAAUGCUAAUCACGUUAGGGUGUGAAAUGCUAAUGCCGCCACCAACAAGCAAAAAAAAAAGCACCAAGCGAACAGGGCGAAUAAAUUUAAUCCCUUGCCUCACGUACAGCAUCCAAUUCAUCUUCUUCGGGGCAGAGGAGGCAUGGCAAAUGGUGAAAUGAUAGCACACUUCCUUUGUACGGUUGAAUAAACGUAAAGAAAUGUUUUUUUUUUAUCGAAAAUUCGAUAACUUUCGCAAGGAUCGCAACACGAACGUGAGCAGUAAUCGUUAAAACAAGAAAAUGAACUAAUUUUAUAAUCCUUUCGGGUGUCCUUUGGCUCCCGGUAGUAGACGGUGGGAGCGAUGAAAUGCGCCUUCGGUUUUGCGUGGAUGUGCGUUCAUACAUACGUGGUACGCACACCAAUUCCUUCUCCGGCAGUAGUGUGUACGGUGUAGGAUUCGGAAGCCCAACCCAACGGUACGGCAGAUCGUUCGUGUUGAAAAUUUGAUCUGGGUAAUUAUAUUUUCGCAAGCGAUAAAAAAAGGUUCGAUUUUGUUUCAUUCGCUUUUUGCUUCGUGUGAGACUUUAUCGUACAGACUCGAUUCUGGACAAAAAGGGGAAAACUUGAGCUAGAAUUGUUCGUAUUCUUGGUUCGUCCUCAGCAUCGCGCGCUAGCACGUUUAUUAUUAUUUCCCUUUGUGUUUAGUGCGCGUUCCAUUCACAAUCUUGUAUAAAUUUAAGGUGUUUUAAAACCGUAAAUCGUUGAUUAUGGCUCGUUAAGAUUCAACGCAAUCUGGAAGGAGCAAUAACAAAAGGGCCAAACAGCAGAACCAUUACGUAGCGAUGCAGGAACGGAACAGGAAGCGCAAAGCAAGCAGUAAUAAAGAAAGAACAAACAACAACACACGAAAUGCCAUUGAAUGUUUGCUGUUAGUAGUGUUGCAUUAGAUGUAUGAAUGUUGGAACUAUAUACCAUUUUUGUAAGUUACGUUUAAGCAAAUGGGUCCGUCAAUGGAACACAACACAUUUCGAGCGGGGUGGAACACGAACACGUGCCACUAUUCGCAACAAUUACUGAAUGGGGCAAAAAAAGGGGCAAAGGACUUUUCUUAAGCAGACGGAACCGAGCAGACGUGUCAGGAUUGGAACGAAAAUGAUGCAAAGCUACCAACCACUAGAAAGAGUUGUCAAUACUCGAUAAUAUGCAUACCGCAUGGGUUUCAAUAAACGUGUGCGCAGAUCGG